CAGCGGUGUAAUACGAUUCCCGUGGUGUAUGUAUUUAAUACUGGUCCUACAGUCGCUAUUUAACUGUGGAUUCCUAUAUAUUAUUAUACUACCCACCCGGCUGCUGCAGCUUUGUAGCUGCAAGCAGAUGCAGAAUUAAGCUGGAUUCUGUAAGUAAAGUGUUCCCUGGCUGCAGUCAAGCGGGAUUACUGCCAAUCAAUUUCCCAUCGAUCCGGCCAACACGGAUUACAUAUUGACGUCACCGGGAUGUAUGCAGCCGUCAGGGCAACGGCGGCGGAAACAACACAGACUGGAAACCAAUGAUGCACGGCAGCUGCAGGGUUAAUUUCAAAAGAUGAAUGAAAUUACGCGGUGCUUGAUCAUACGCGGAAUUGCGGAUCGGCCGGGCUUUGUUUGGUUGCGUUGCACACGCAGCAGCGAUGAGCCGCAACAUUUCUAGAACAAAAAGGGCCUGCAUCACUGCCACUCCACUGCUCGUUUUCCAUUUACUCCGAAGAGUUUUCUCUAACAACGCACUCGAUAUCUAUCUUCCUCUCUCUGCUACACAAACGCUGUGAUGGCUAUCGCGCUAGCUAUGACCCGCAUCGUGUACACUCCCGCCAUCGUCCUCCUGUCGCUGUCAGCUGUAUCCACUCGCUCCACCGGUGACCUCCUGGAUAUCUACCGCCAACAGCUGGACCAUGAUCUGCGCUGGGAUGAUAAUGUGGACGGUUCGUACGACAUCGACACCAUCCGGACCAAAUUCCGCACGGUCAGCAACGGUUUAGGCUGGAUUAUGACCUCAACACCGUUGUCCACUCGGAACGCCGUCAAGAACAUCCACCAAGAGAUGCCGCUAUACCAGUUCUAUAACCACCACACCCAGCAAGUCACAUCCACUACAGACGCGCCAGAGGUGGAGAUUGUUCUGGGCAAGGAAGACGAUGAAGAUGACAACGAAGAAACGGACAAUGGUAAUGACAGUGAUAACGACAGUGGUGACAGCGACGAGGACAAUGAAGACACUGACGAUGAGGUGACCACCAAGACCACGCCCGCGACCACGGAAGCAACUACCCCGCCGCACUUGGUCAUCCAACCUGGCCGCGCCAUCGACACCGCACCCGCCCGCCUCGCCCACAACUCCGCUCACCUUCCGGCGCCCACGUAUGACCUGGCCAAAUGCACCGAUGUCGAAGAUCACCAAACCGAGCAGGCGGUAACCCACCUGGCCGUCCCCAUCACCGUGGGCGUGGUGGGCUCGCUGUGUUUUGCUGGAGUCAUUGCCUUCUUUCUCCAGCGCCGAGCCCGUGGCCGGAAAGCCAGUUUUGACGAGGAGCACGGCUACGGUUACGGCUAUGGGAUAAGUCAGCCCAUUCCUUCUCGAAAGCCCAGCAAAGGCUUGACCUUGGACCUAACCAAUGACCGCCUCUUGGCCAAAUCGGCCGAAACCUACCAUUACCAGCAGCAACGCCGCAGCAUGAUAUCGUCCUCAGGAUCGUCCAGCCGCUCGGGAAGUUUGAUGCACGGCCGUGUGCCGGAACACUCCGAUUACGACACCGAGGAGGAGGAGGCCGAUGAGGGCGUGGCCACGCAGUACGGCGACUAUACGGUGUUCGAGUGUCCAGGAUUGGCGGCGCCUGGUGAAUUCGAAGUGGUCAAUCCGUUGUUUGCCGAUCAGAACGAGAGUGUUAUUGAAGUCGUCAGCAGUGAGGAUUGAAUUAACGCGCCCGCGAUCGAUAUGGAUGUCUUUUGUACAUGCAUUUGAGUGCCUGAUUAAGCUGUGAAACCUGGAAUUCCCGUUGUAUUAUUAUACGUUGAACAAGUGAUGCCGGCGGAGCGCAAAACAAUGCAGUGCGUCAGCGCGCUUGAUUGGGGAGGACGAGCAGGGCAACGGUUCCCACGGGACACGCCUGGCCGUCAGGGACUGUACAUGUUGAUGGGCCCAUCAGGGCCCCGCACUGCCGUGGCCAGCCGGAUCAUUUCCCCUUCCUGACCCCGUGGCCAGGGAAAAUUCCUCCGCAGACAUUAAAACAUUGUCUCGCCUAGCACAACAUAAUAUACCAUGCAAUGCUAAUACUUUUUCUAUGAGGCUUGUAAACUCUUUCGAUGCAGUAUUAAUGCGCCGCUUUCGCUGUCUGAAAUUGUAUUACGGCUCAGUGCUAUGCAAAAUGUACAAUCACUGUUGAAUAAAGAUGUUGAA